GCUGGACGCCAUUAAUGCGCGCUGUGCAGCCGGGAGCACCAGAUGAUGUGUUGGAGAAUAUGAUUGAAACGGCAACAGUUGAGUGUUUAGAACACCAGGAGCGUCGUGCUGGUUCCACUAUUCUCCAUCGCUUGGCGUUCCUCGCACGCGUGUCAGCAAUGAGACGCGUGUUGGAAAAAACCAACAAGAAGAUUAACACGCAAGAAAACCUUGGACGCACACCACUACAUUACAGUCUAGAGAAUCAGUGGCUGACGCACGAGGAACACAAGGAACUCGCAAUUAUCAAUAUCACCUUUGGUGCGUCAGUGACAAUAAAAAAUAAGGAUGGAAAGACGCCUCUUGAUGUGUAUCAUGAUAACGAAUGUGUAAAUUACGAAGAAACCACGAAAACCAAGAAAAAGGAGGAGUUGAAAGAACUACUUAAAGAACUAUCAAUUCCGUCAGAGAUUUUAGCCAGGGGUCCCGAAGCCGUCAAAGCAUUCAAAGAUGCACUUAAAACUGGUGAAAUAACAGUUGUUAAUUCAAGAAUGAUGUUUUUAGGUAACGAGGGUUCCGGAAAAACAUCUUGUGUCAAAGCCAUGCUUGGGAAAGAUUUUGAUAUGCAUGAGCCGUCAACCAAUGGUAUUGUUACAACUACUGUCUUUCAAACUGAUGGAGAUUACAGCAAAUGGGAGGAGCAGAAGGAUGUAGACGUUUGUGAACAAGCCAAGCAGACACUUGAGUACGGUAUUGCAGCAAAUGUUGCAAAGAAGUUGAAACAGCCAAACAGUGAACAAAACAAAUCUGAAUUUGUUUCUGAUGUAGAAAGACCAUCUUCAUCCAGUUAUGUUGCAUCUACAUCUGCUGUGGUUCAUUUACCAGAAGCAUUUAUGCCCCCGACUAAACGAAAGAGAAGCAGAGGAUAUGGUGGCCAUCUGCAACCCCCACCAUCAAGACAGUUGUUCUUGCCUCAUCAGCUGCAGCAGCUCGAAGCUCAGAUACAGGCUUACGGAUACUUAGCCCGGAAUCAGCCGAUGCCCGACUCAUUGAGAUCAGCGGUUCAGGGUAAACACCCAUUGCAAAGCCUUCAAAGACCAUCCCCAGGUAGGCCUAUACUUUAAUUUGACUUCCUGUUGUUUUUGUGUAUGUUAGGUUAGGUUUGUUGCUAGGUAGUAGUAGUAAUAGUGGUAUAAAAUAUAUUGUUAUCUUUGC